UUCCGGAACUUUCCAGGGCCCGGCGGGGGGCGGCUCCGGGAGCCCCCCCCGGACUCCGAGGGCUCCGAGUCCGACCCGGAACCGGAACCGGAAGCGGAAGAGGAGGAGGAGGAAGAGGAAGGAGAUGGGGGAGGGGCCCAGGAGGAGCCCGCGGCCGCCCCUCCCCCACCCGGCCCCGCCCUCCAGGAGCUGCGGGCGGAGCUGGGGGGAGGGGCAGGGGCGGAGCCCAACCUGACCCGGCUGCUGCGGCAGCGCGAAUGGGGGCGGAGCUUCUCCCGGCAGGAGAGAUCCCAGCUGAGCUCCCACUUCCUGCCCAAUCACGAGGCGGCGCUGGAGCCCCACCCCCAGAAGGUUUUCUGCGGAAUCUUCUCGGAAUGCGGCCGGAAAUUCCUGACGGCCUCGCAGGACCACACCCUGCGUCUGUUCGAGGUGUCGGGGGAGGGGCUGCGGCUCCUCCGGGCCAGCAGGGGGCGCCAGGUGGGCUGGAGCAUCCUGGACGUGGCCUUCAGCCCCGACGGCCGGCAGGCGCUCUACUGCUCCUGGGCCUCGGCCGUUCACGUCUUUGACCUCGACGGCGACGGCGACGCCCACACGGCCCUGGAGCUCAGACCGGAAGAACGCCGCUUCGCCGUCUUCUCAUUGGCUGUCGGGCCGGACGGGCGGGACGUGGUGGGCGGGGCCAACGACGGCUGCCUCUACGUCUACGACCGGCAGGCGCAGGAGCGCGUCCUGAGGGUCCCCGCCCACGAGGACGACGUCAACGCGGUGGCCGUGGCCGACGCCUCGGGCCAGCUGCUGCUGUCGGGCGGCGACGACGGCGUGGCGCGGGCCUGGGACCGGCGCUGCCUGCCCGAGGGGCCGGCGGUCACUCUGGCCGGACACCGCGACGGGCUGACCUUCCUCCACGCCAGGGGGGACGGCCGUUACGUGGUCUCCAACUCCAAGGACCAGUCGGCCAAGCUCUGGGAUUUGCGGCGCCCCUCGGGCGCGGCGGCGCUGGCGGCGGCGCGGAGAGCGGUGGCGCGGCAGAGCUGGGACUACCGGUGGCAGAGAGCGCCCCGGAACGCCCGCCGGGCCACGCCCCUUCCGGGCGACGCGUCGCUGCUGACGUUCCGCGGUCACGUGGUGCUGCACACGCUCCUGCGCUGCCGCCUGGCCCCGCCCGGAUUCGCCCCCGCCCUGGCGGCCGGGAGCGCCGAGGGAGCCGUGCUGGUCUAUGACGUCACCAGUGGGCGGGCCCUGCGCCGCCUGACCAAUCACAGCGCCUGCGUGCGUGACGUCAGCUGGAGCCCCGAGGGGGCGUGGCUCGCCAGCGCUUCGUGGGACGGCACCGUCCGGCUCUGGGAUUAUCGCGACGACGACGACGACGACGACGACGGAGGGGGAGGGGGAGGGGGAAUCCGGGUGUGA